AUUUUAAAAUACAUCAUAAAAGUUAGAGGCACAUUGAAGAGGUAUCACAAUGGAUUCUGAUCUGUAUGAUGAGUUUGGUAAUUACAUUGGUCCCGACCUGGACAGUGACGAGGAUGAUGACCAAAGUAUUUAUGGUCAGCAGGAUAAUCAAGAUGAACGUGAUGAUGAGGCCAUGGAAGAGGAGGAAGAUCAAAACGAAGAUGAAGACAAAGAGGUAACAGCAGUUGUCUUGCAUGAGGAUAAACGUUAUUAUCCCACUGCAGUUGAGGUCUAUGGUCCCGAUGUUGAGACAAUAGUCCAGGAGAAAAAUGCUCAGCCAUUGGACAAACCACUCAUCGAACCUGUCAAGAAGAUAAAAUUCCAAAUUAAAGAACAAGAAUUACCCGAUACCACCUAUAAUGUGGAGUUCAUGGCUGAUUUAAUGGACACACCACCGCUCAUACGUAAUGUGGCUUUAAUUGGUCAUUUGCAUCAUGGCAAAACCACCUUUGUCGAUUGUCUGAUACGUCAGACACAUCCACAAUUUGAUUUGAAUGAAGAACGUUCGCUACGUUAUACGGAUACACUUUUUACGGAACAAGAACGUGGUGUUAGUAUUAAAGCCACUCCUGUCACUGUUGUUCUGCAGGAUGUUAAAACGAAGAGUUAUUUAAUGAAUAUUUUCGAUACACCUGAACAUGUAAACUUUUCCGAUGAUAUUACAGCCGCCAUGCGAUUAUGUGAUGGUGUUGUUGUCUUCGUUGAUGCUGCCGAAGGUGUUAUGCUCAACACUGAAAGGCUGCUGAAACAUGCAGUGCAAGAGAAAAUGCCCAUAACUGUUUGCAUUAAUAAGAUUAACCGUCUAAUUUUGGAAUUGAAAUUACCUCCUCAAGAUGCAUAUUUCAAAUUGAAACACAUUGUGGAAGAAGUCAAUAGUUUGCUGAGUACAUACGGUAAUGCUGAAGAAACUCAACUGGUAUCCCCCGUAUUGGGUAAUGUUUGCUUUGCCAGUUCCCUUUUUGGCAUAUGUUUCACAUUGAAAUCUUUUGCUAAACUAUAUGCUGAUACCUAUGAAGGUGUUAAUUAUGUGGAAUUCUCAAAACGAUUGUGGGGCGAUAUGUAUUUCCACAGCAAAUCACGUAAAUUCACCAAAAAGCCGCCACACAAUUCAGCACAACGUAGUUUUAUUGAAUUCAUCUUGGAGCCAAUGGGUGGCGUAGGGGAUGAUAGAUACCAAGCAACGGCUCUGAUUUCAUCUCAAUUGUGGACACUGACCUCCCUGCGGUGUCACUUGGGGUAACUAUGUUCAACACCC